AUGCGCCUGGAGAGGUUCCCGGUUAGGGCCGGCGCGCCGCCUCACCGCUCGGCGGCGGCCGCAAAUCAGCGGCAGGUGGCGCCGAGACGUUUCAUUAAGGGGCCGCCGCCGCCGCCGCCGCCGCCGCCCCAGACCCCGCGGUGUGCGGCAGCUGACCAACCAGUGGACCGCGAAAUAGGAGGAGGAGGAAGAGGAGGAGGAGGAGGAGGCGGAGGGCACAGAUGGGAAGAGGGAGCGGCGUUCCGGACCGGCGCGCGCGCUCUGCUGGAAGGAGCGCCGCCUCCUUUGGGAGGCAUAACACGGGGCAUGCAGUCGCCCGCAGCGGCUGUGGCGGGAGCCCGGGGCUGUCGCGACGCUGCCACGGGCACAGUGGCGCGCCUGGCGUCGCACGUGGGAAGACGGGGCGCGCGCUGCGCUGCGUCGCGGCUGCCGGCGCGUGGCGAGGCGCGGGAGCGUCGCGGCGCGGCUAACGCGCGGCGGGCGACAUCGGCCGCCACUCCGCAGCCGUGGGAACCCGCAGCCAGCAGCCGCAGACCGACUUAA